UAACAGAGAAGCAUUAAUCAGCAUGAACAGCCUUCCAGGCUUCCGUUUCUACCCUACGGAAGAAGAGCUUCUCUCCUUCUAUCUCCGCAACAAGCUCAAUAACUUGCGCGGUGAUAUGGAACGCGUUAUUCCUGUGCUUAACGUGUUCUCCCUCGAGCCAUGGCAGCUCCCCGAGUUGUCGGGGGAGCCAUGCCUUCAAGAUAAGGAGCAAUGGUUCUUCUUCUGCCCCCAGCAAGAAAGAGAAAGCGCUGGCGGCCGGCCCAGGCGGAUCACCGCUUCCGGCUACUGGAAAACCACUGGCUCGUCGGUUGCAAUCUAUUCCUCCACUCAGCGUCGGCUUGGGAUGAAGAAGACCAUGGCCUUCUACAACGGUCGCCCGCUAAGAAGCCAAAAGACCAAGUGGAAAAUGAACCAAUAUCUAUUGUUCGACGACCGCCCCACCACCACCACCUCCACCGUCGUCCCGGGCGAGACUCCAAAGCUUCGAGCUGAAUUUAGUUUGUGCAGACUGUAUACUGGAUCAGGGAGCCUGAGAUCGUUCGACCGCCGGCCGGCAGCGGCCGGCGAGGAGGCGAGUACGAGCGAGGUUAGAUUGUCCGAAGGUGGAGCGAGUUCUGGAUCUGGGAAGAAGCCGAGAGUAGGGUGA